CCACAAUUCCUCUCCAUUCACACAAAAAAAACCCUUAAACCCCCUUUCACACACUCAUUUCGUCUUCUACAAAUUUCUCCGGCGAUUGAAGUGAUUGAUACAACAUCGAGGAUGACGCUAGGGUUGUUAUUGGGGAUCGGAAGAUCUUUCCGACGAAAGAGAGCUUCUUCGCUUGAUAUUCUCUCUCCGAAACGAGCUCCGAGAGAUUUCUACAAGGGGAAGAACUGUAAACCUACUGGUUUCCACACCAGAAAAGGAGGAUAUGUUGUACAGCCAGAUAAAUUGCCGAACUAUGUAGUUCCUGAUCUGACUGGCUUUAAGCUGAAACCAUAUGUAUCUCAGUGCCCUAUAGAGGUCAACAAAACCACUGAGUCAACUGAACCUUCCAAGUGAAGAAUUCAGAAGAAUUAUAUUUUGAGUCUUUCUUUAGCUGAAAGCUGAGUAAUUUGUUAUGUGUAAUUCGUAUUUUAUGAUCCUCAAUCCUUUUUAUUUUUCAAAAGAUUUCAAGCAUGUUAUGGCAACAUUUGGGUUAGUGAAAACCAUAAUGGAAGGUUCGCCUUGAGAGCCAAUGUUCCUAAUCACCCAAGUUAUCCGCUCCAUGCAAUUUCCGAUUCUCUUUAGUUUA